AUGUCUUCUCCGGAUUCAAGUCGUGCUGGGUCAACGGCAUCUGCGCCUCCCAUUGACGACAAUGGCUCUUCACGCGUGUAUAAUAUCACCAACCGGCUCUUCCACCGACACUACGACAUCAACUCGGCAGAUGAUCAGCCUCUGUUUUACGGCGAAAUAUCCAUGUUCACUCCCAACAAGCCCGACCUUAUUCUACACGCUGGUACAAGCACCCGGGCCCCAAUUGUGGCCGUCUCCAAAUUUUUGAAGUCAUCCGGUGAUUACAAGAUAGGCAUUGGGAACCCCGACGAUGUGAACGCCGUCCAGUGGGAGGACAUGACCAAGGAACUCAUCCACAAACCAAAAUACCGCUUCGAAAUGACAGUCCAAUGUGGAUCUGAUCAAACUCAGAGCGGGAGGCGGUCAUUCCUGUGGAAGCGAACACGGACCCUGGGCGUUGAAAAUUCAGCACCGUCUAAAUGGACCGGCAGAAACUAUAAGCUCGUGGAUGAGCACACCGAGCAGGUUCUGGGCGUAUUUUCAGGUUCGAGACUGGGCAGAGGUGGGAAACUUCAAAUCAGAGUGGAAUACGGAGAGGACUUUGAUCGAAUGGUGUUGGUUUCUUGUUUAAGUUUGUAUGAGAAGGCGAGGCGGCGCAGACAGAGUUCAUCCGGUGGUGGCGGCGGAGGUUGA